CAUUAGCAUGCAGUAGAGAGCUUUGAGCUAGUCAGUAAUUUACUAAACUUGCCUGGCUUUACAGUGAAUGAACUUCACUUGGAUCGAGCUAGUAUGCUUAUAAAGGGAAAAUAAGUGUUUUGCAGAAGUAUAAUCUUGUCUUGAAUGUUUAGAUUGAACCUUGAGGCAUUAGUGGUAAUAACUAGUUAACUAUUACACAAGCAUGCACUGGCAUGUCAAACUUACUGUCCCAAUGUCUCCUCCCUCUUUGGCUCUGUUUAUAAAGCCCACAGUCCUGUGUUUGUCCUGAAAGGACCCUGUCAUCAUGUGGACGACUCUCAUGAAGUUAGACCUGGCCUCUGUAGGUCUGGCUCUGUUUCUUGGCUUGAUCUUUCUGGUUCUGUUCGAGAUCUUUAGGAUUCAUUCCUAUAGAAGUCAAACUCCUCCUGGUCCCAAACCUCUGCCUUUUGUGGGUACCAUACCACAAUUUUUGAAGAACCCAAUGGAGUUCCUGAGAUCAAUGCCUCAGUAUGGAGAGAUGACCACUUUGUAUCUCGGGAGGAAGCCAGCCAUAAUCCUCAACACAAUCCAGGUCACGAAGGAAGCCCUGGUCCAAAAUGGUUCAUCUUUUUCAGGAAGGCCGCCUAUACCACUUUUAAAAUGGGUUACUAAUGGAUAUGGUAUAAUAGCGGUCACGUUUGGUCGUUGGAGGCAGCAGAGACGGUUUGCUCUGCACACGCUCAGGAACUUUGGCCUUGGAAAGAAGUCUGUGGAGGAACGCGUGACAGAGGAAAGCAGUUACCUGCUUUCUGAAAUGCUCAAAUCAGAAGGCAAGCCUUUUGACCCCCAACAUGCAAUAUACAAUGCUGUUUCCAACAUUAUCUGUUCCAUCGUGUUUGGGGAUCGGUUCGACUAUGAUAACAAGAGCUUUGCAUACCUUUUGGAAAUCCUGAAGGAGAGCGUCGAUCAUCUAGGGUCACUUGUUGGGCAGGUGUUUAACUUGCUUCCCAUCAUCAAAUAUCUCCCAGGACCACACCAGAAAAUCUAUCAGAAUGGCGAAGAGUUGAAGGCUUUCUUCAGGGAAGCAAUCAAAGCACACCGAGAAACUCUGGAUCCAGACAGUCCUCGAGACUACAUUGAUGCCUACCUGCUGGAGAUUGAGAAACAAAAGUCCAACGAGGACUCUACGUUUCAUGAGGAGAACAUGGUUAUGUCAGUAGCUGAUUUGUUCAUGGCUGGAACUGACACCACAUCAACCACCAUCAGAUGGGGGCUCAUCUACUUGACACAAAACCCAGAUGUACAAGAGCGAUGUCAUGAGGAGAUUGUUCGGGUACUGGGUUACGAUCACAUGCCCAGCAUGGAUGACCGUGACAAACUACCGUACACCAACGCCACUGUUCAUGAGUUUCAGCGCUUUGGCAACAUUGUACCCACUAACCUGAUGCAUGAAACAACUCAGCCCACAAAACUACGAGGAUACGACAUUCCCAAGGUAAUGAAAUGGAGCCUGGAUGUGUUUUACUUGACUGAAACUUGUUCCACUAACAAACAUCGUCUUUCUAGAGGCACCGAAAUACUGACCAACUUAACAGCAAUUUUAACUGAUAAGGAGCACUGGAAGUUUCCAGACACUUUUAACCCAGAGAAUUUCUUAGACGAUAACGGACAUUUCUUCAAACCAGAGUCUUUCCUCCCUUUCUCCUUGGGUCCGAGGGUGUGUCCCGGUGAGACCCUGGCGAAGAUGGAGCUCUUCCUCUUCAUCACUUCUCUCUUGCAGCGGAUUCGUUUCUCCUGGCCUCCUGGUGUGCAGAAGCCAGACAUGAAUGGGAUUGUCAGUUUGGUCCGCUCUCCUGAACCAUACGACAUCAUCUGCCACAGCAGAGGCUAAUAAAAUUGAUUAUCAGUAACCUUUCUGACAAUAGAGGAAUAGUUCACCCAAAAAUGAAAAUUAUCCCAUGAUUUACUCACCCU